CGUGGCACUCAAGUGAUUGGGGCUUUUUAGAAACCCGGAAGUAGUGUGUGAAGGUCUUUGGCGAUGGGUCGGAGUUUAGAUAACAUUUCCUCGUCGUAGGUCCCGAGUCGUUAUCAAAAUGGGUGUUAAAAUAGAGGUGUUUAGAAUGAUGUUGUAUCUAUCCUUUCCCGUGGCCAUGUUCUGGAUCUCUAAUCAAGCAGAGUACUUUGAAGAAUACGUAGUGAAAAGAAAGAGGGAGAUCUUCCCCCCUAACGAGGCACUGCAAAGGAAAGAGUUAGAGGACUUCAAAGAGCGAAUGCGUGCUCGCAAGGAGCAGCAAAUAUUAAAAAAUCUCUCUGAAGAAUCUGAGAACUGAGGACUUUGUUGAGGAAAUACACAUGUUCUCAGCACCACUGAUGGAGGAUUGUCAUGGAGUGUUUUUAAGUAAAAGAAAACUGAUCAGACACCAGACCACAGUGGAAGUCUGCAAAGUUAACACAUCCCAAAGGGUGUUUUCCAGGGAUUAAUUAUGCCUAAUAAGACUGCUGUUGUUUGACUUUCAAGUUCUGUUGCCAGAAUGCUUUGUAUGUAUUUAAAUGCCUUAUCAGUUGAGUUCCUGUGAUUGUGAUAAAAAUAAAUAUUUGAGUUAUAGAUCCA